AUGGCAGAGAAAGAAGAAGGUGUAAUUAACGAUUCCCCUAUCGAGGAGGUGCGGCUGACCGUACCACCGACCGACGAUAACACGCUGCCGGUCCUGACAUUCCGAACAUGGGUUCUGGGGAUCCCCGGCUGCAUCAUCCUUUCCAUGUUGAACCAGUACUUCUAUUAUCGCCAAGCACUUGUAUACAUACCAUCACAGUGCGUCACCAUCAUACUGUAUUUCAUCGCGAAGUUAAUGGCCAAGCGUCUACCGAGAAAGCAGGUGAGGAUACCGGGGACGCUGUGGUCGUUCUCGCUGAAUCCAGGGCCUUUCAACAUGAAGGAGCAUUGCCUUCUCUCCUUUCUGGCAAACGCUGGCUCGAUUUUCCCUUAUGCCUUUGAGCUUGUGGCCGUGGUGAAGGCUUUCUACCACAGGAAUGUUCGACCCUUGCCGGCUUUUCUCGUGGUGAUUGCAACUCAGUUUCUUGGAUAUGGGUUUGCCGGCGUUUGCACCAAGUUCCUAGUGCAUAAUCCCUACAUGUGGUGGCCUGCAACGCUUGUGGACGUGUCUUUCUAUAGAGCAAUUCAUGAGACAGAGAAAAGACGAAAGGGUCAGCUAACAAGACUCCAAUUCUUCUUCAUAGUUGCAGUUUCAAGUUUUGCUUACCAUAUAGUCCCGGUUUAUUUCUUUCCUUCUGUCACUGCGUUAUCAUUCAUUUGCUGGAUAUGGAAGGACUCGGUAACUGCACAACAAAUUGGUUCUGGACAAAAAGGGCUUGGGCUUGGAUCUUUCGCCCUAGACUGGAUGACCACAAGCAGCUUCUUAGGAACUCCACUGGCCACACCAAUGUUUGUGAUCUGUAACAUGUUCAUUGGCUUUAUCAUAAUUCUCUAUGUUAUUACGCCCAUAUCAUAUUGGACCAAUGUAUACAAUGCCAAGAGGUUUCCAAUUUUCUCCCUAGAGAUGUUUGAUGCUGAUGGACAAAAAUACAAUAUUUCACGCAUUAUAGAUGAGAAGCUACAGUUAGAUGAAGCAGCAUAUAAUAACUAUUCAAAGCUUUAUUUCAGCAUCUUCUAUCCAUAUUCUAAAGGGUUCACCUUUGCUUGUUUAACAUCAAGUAUUGCUCACUUUGCUCUCUUCUACGGGCGGUACGCCAUCGAGAAUGAGACUGACGGACGUCAAAAUCAGGCAACAUGCGGUAAGAAAGAGGCCGGCGUCUGGGGCCGGACCUUCACGACCGCCCAAAAGGCCCCAGACGUCACCCCCGACUGUCGCUACGUCGGCGGCCUAGCACUAAUCUAUAGCAUGUUCGAAUUGGAGGCCGGAUACCGGAGGUUCAGGGACGUUCGGGCGGCCUGGAAGGAUAGGGCAGAGACCGCCGAGGCUGAGAAGGUGGUAUUGGUCGAGCAGCUGAAGCUGUCGAUCGAUCGGGAGGCGAGGCUCGAGGAGGAGAUCUCCUACCUUACCGAUGCCCUGGAUGGUUGCGUCAGCGAGCUCGAGGCCGAGUGCGAGCAACUCAGGGUGAGCCUGAAGAAUCUUGCCAAGGCUGAGGAGAACUUGUCCACCGCCCAAGCCAAUGCAGACAUAGCGAAGGUGGAGGCAGAGUCAGCGAAGGAGGUGCUGGGUCGGGCAGUGGAGGACUUUCACGGCUCCGAUGAAUAUCGGGAGGAGAUCCUGGAAAGUGGUUUUGCCUCGUACCGAGUGGGGUACGAGGACACCCGAGAUGCAGUCCAGGGUCUGUAUCCGGAGCUUGAUCUCAGCAGCGUCGUUCUCCCAGGGUCGGAGGGCCAAGUCACAGAAGAGGUGGCCGACCCAACAUCGGGAGAUCACACUGCUGUGGAGGAAGCCGUUCCGAAGCAAGUCACUGAAGCUGCUUUUCUGGUUGUUAUGGCGAGCGUCCUUCAGGUUCAAGAUAUCUAUGGGAUUAGCUGGUGGGGAUUGGAGAUAGAUGAUCAUUGUCCUCUCGCCAAAUGCCCUACUGAACCAGGUAUAGCUGUCGAGGGGUGUCCAGUCCUCAAAUGAUAACUAUGUGGUUGAUGAUGUGAUUACAAUAUGGCGCGCAGGAGCAGUUGUUCUUCAGGAAGAGUGGAAACAUAGCAACUCACGUUUCCACGAGGAUUAUUACUAAUGAGAAUAUCACUAUGUAGACGUACAUCUUUGGUCUUCUUUAAGCACUGUGUUGUGGUUGGUAUUGAAUGGAAAAUAGGCAUGCUCACUAUACGAAAUAAGGGCUUUAGCAA